UCCGUGUGUACAGCUCCAGCUGCUUUCCGGUGUCUUUAAAGACUCAGCCAUUAAUGUGAACCCGACACCGAUGGUAUCUUUUAACCGAAAAUAAUCGAAAUACAUUAUGGCUGUACCGAUCAGUUAAUUGAUUAGGAAGUUACUGUAUAAUCGGGUACUUUUAUUUUAUUGUUUUUGAGACGUCGGAUCGAAGAACUAGUCUUUUUUUGAGUGUGUUCGUGCUCCGUGAUCAGUCUCGGUUCCUCUUAUUUUCUGCCGCAGUCAGAAAUUGUUUCAGUUCCUUGAGAGCGGCUAAUGCUAACCUCCUCCUCCUCCUGCUGCUGCUGCUAGUGAAGGCCAGCUAGCGGGAGCCAUUGCGGUUCCAACCAAAACGGUGUAUUUAUUUGGACUAGUUGACGUCCCGGUGUUUUGUCAGCAAACUAAACACUAAUGAUAUUGUUUGUGUUCUCUGUGUACUGAAUCUGUUUGACCUUGUUGAGCUCGCUGUGUUUGUUCGCGCAGUUAGGCCGUCUGCUUGUGCGGUAGCUGGUUUGCUAGUGCCUCAGUUAUCGGCUAGCUGGCUAACUUUUCUCGCGGUUAGAUAAUGCAGCUGCACUAGGACACUUUCACCCGAAAUCAAGCCUCGUCUAAAGGGUUUGCCACCUCCAACACACCAUUUCCUGUGUGCCUUCCUCCUCAACAACAGCCAUGAGCUCACCGAGAGAAUCACAGGACACAGUGAACCUGCGUCUGAUCCUCGUGAGUGGUAAGACACAGGACUUCACCUUCUCCCCUAAUGAUUCAGCCACGGACGUUGCUCGUCACGUCUUUGAAAACUGGCCCGCAGGAUGGGAGGAGGAGCAGGUGAGCAGCCCCAAUAUCCUGAGACUCAUUUUUCAGGGCCGGUUUCUGCAUGGCAAUGUCACACUAGGAGCCCUGAAGUUGCCUCCUGGCCGAACAACGGUUAUGCACUUGGUUGCCAGAGAGACACUGCCAGAACCCAACUCCCAUGGACAAAGAAACCGUGAGAAGACUACAGAAAGCAGCUGCUGCUUACUGCUGUAAAUCAGAAGAGAAACAACUCCCUGAUCCCCAAACAUGCCUUCUAUUCCUCCAUCCCUGCUCCCUUUUUCUGCUCGCCAACCUAUAAUGCAUUCUGAAUGAUUGAUUAUACAAUGGCUCAGAGGGUCAGAUCAAUAAGUUCAUUCAAUUUAUUCCUGUAUAGUAGCUGGAAAUCUUCUGUGCCAAGUAUUCAGAUCUUUAAUUUGCCCUGUUUUCUUGCCAAAAUUACUUUUUUGCUUCAUAAAACCAUGAUCCUUGUACAUAAAAAUCCAACUAUCCAGAUAAUUAAAAAGAAAAUGUAAAGUAGGAGUGUGAGGAAACUGUUUAGGGAAUUUCUUAUAUGCUAGAGAGAAUAUCGAGGUCCCUUUCUCUACAUACAGAGUCCCCUUUAUUUUCUUUUUUUUUUUUUUCUUCUGACUCGAAAUGUGGUUUUGGAUGUGGCUCAGCUCUUAAGAGCUAGUUGGCACUUAAAUGCACACAUCUGAUCAUUACCAUUUGAUUGCCCUUUACUCAGACCCUUAUCUGAAGCCCACAGUGGUUGACAGAACAUCACUUCCCAGCUGACGUUUCAACCUGUUAAGAAUUCUCUUGCUUUGUACAAAUAAGAUGAGUACAGAAGAGUUUGCCCUAACGUUGGUGGACUGAUGACAUGCCAUGACCGCCCCAUAUGCCUUUGACGUUGGACCAAGCAAGAGUUUGAACUCUGAUCACAAGGCUUUUUUUUCCCCUGAUGUGACGGCUGUGUCGACACCUGUGCAUGCCCUAGUCUAGUGUUUUCUUACCCUGGGUGUGUACCUGACUUCUUGGAAAACUAUUCACCUCUUGUGUGCUUGAAGGUCUGUCUGCCUGAAGUGAAAAGGUUGCCAAAUGUGCUUGAACUAUGAGAAACUCCUCUCCUUCACCACAUAGGCACACUUUGUCUGUCAAGAUGCCCUAAGGGACAGUUACCACCAUCUGAUGCAAAGAAUAAAAAGAUGGUAAUUGGCAGUGGGCUCCUGCCUGAAAGCCUUGGCCAUAAAGGCUGCAUUGUGAGCAUGGUGGAAUCCUGGAGCACCCCGAUGAGCUCCACUGGCAUCGGAAAAGACUACAAGUGAACAGGGGUGGCAUCCCUUAAUGGGCCCCAGCGAGGGGUUAAGAGGAAAAAUGGGUGUUUUUAUUUCCUAAUGUUUGUAUGCUGUCUGCUUUUCUUUUGACUUCAAAUUGUGGAGAAUUAAUAUUAAUAACAACGGAAUUCUAAACGAAGUUAUUUGUAACCUUGUGUAUGUGUAUUUCAGCUUUUAAUUGCUACACAUUUAAGUCAACUGGUGUGAGUGUGAGAUGGUAUUUUGGGGAGGGAUGGCCCAAAUGAUAUGGGAUAGUCAUGGAUGACGACAUUCAGUGGUCUUCGCUCUUCCUUUGAGUGGUCAUCCCUCAGCGAGUGUGCAUUUUAAAAAUGGUCACUGCUAUAAAAUUAGCUUCAGAAUAUUAAAUGUAAAAAUACAGUAUGCCUAAAAUCCUGUAUUAUAAAUUAAUAAAAAAAAAUCUUUCAACUAAA